AUGAGCACUGCCGCUGCCCAGCAACUUUCCGGUUCGGCGUCAGAAAGUCGCACGCACAUCUCGCCCGGCCCGGACUCGGUUCCGGUGGAGAACGGAUUUCCCCGCACCAUGCCAUGCGCUCCCACCGCGACCAUCGGUUCGCCAGCGGUUCCGUCGCUCGCCACUUCAAACACACCCGCCGGGACGGUGGUGGAGGCGUUUGCAACCGCUCCCGGCACCGGUGGUAGCGGGAACGCGCUGCUGGACGAAGAAACCGACCCAACCGUUUCCAUUAAAAGCGCCAGCAGUGAGGGGCAGCCGCAGCGGCAGAUGAUGGACUGCCUCCAGCAACAGCAGCCGUCGCAACAGGAUCCACUUCCUCCCUCUACGGGCAACCGGCCGACCUCUGGAGGUCGACAGCAAAGGGUUGCUGGUGGCAAAGGCAAGCAUUUAACCCGAAGUCACGCCAUGCGUGAAUCAACUUCCCCUCCUAGGACGCCAACACCGCGAUCUCCAACCGAUCAGCACAGUAACAACAACAAUAUCACCAGCAUCAACAACAAUACAAACGGUGGUAUAAACGCAAACAGUAGCACUAUAACUACCACUACCACCACCAUCAGCAGCAGCAGCAACAACAACAACAACAACAUCAACAACAACAACAACAACAACAACAACAACAACAGCAGUAGCGUUCUCAGCAAUGGUCCCCACAGUCCGCUUGAGCGAUCCGCCAUGAACGACAGCGAAUUGCACGCAAAGCACAACAGUACCGGACCUGCGGGUGGUGCUGGUGGUGGCGGCAGUGGAAAUGGCAACAAUUCCCCGAACAUCGUUCACUUCGCCGGUGGAGAUGAGAUGCAGCAGCAGCAGCGGGGUGGUGGUGGUAAAAGUCAACUGGAUCUAGACUUUCCCAAACUGACGCCACCAAAAACAUCGUUUAAUCCGAAUGCCACCGGAAAUAAUGGCAGCAGCAGUCAUCAUCCGCAUCCUCCGAAGGCCAAUAGCGUUAAGAGCAACAGUAACAAUAGUCAUAGUAGUAGCAACGGAGGCGGCGGUGGAACGUCCCCGGCAACCGCGAAUGUAACGUCCUCCAGUGGCAAAAUCAAUGGGCCAGGUGUAGGAGGUGGUGUUAGCAGCAACAGCAACGGCGAGGUAGAUAAAUCGAACUCCCUCCCGGCGGCGACCAUCUCAAGCGGCGGGGGUAACGGCUCGUACAAGCAACAGACAGUUUCGAUGGAAUCUCGACGAAAUUCAGGCGCCUCCACCGGUACUUCGAACAGUAUGGACCAACCGGAUGGUGGUGGAGGCCCGGCGCAGCAUCAUCGAAACGCGGGCUCCUCACAGCAACCGUCGAGCGCUAGUGGCCGAGGAAUGUCGUCUGGUUCGCAAAAUCCGCCCAAUCAGAAUCUCCUUGCCGUGUCCGUGUCCGGUUCGGGUGGUGGCGGGCUCAAUGUAAAUCGAAGUGGCGAUACAGACGACAACGAUGAUGACGGUGGAGGAGGUCGUGGAAGAGGAGCUGGUGGUGGGCGGGCGUCAUCGUCGCUUGCCUCACCAGCAUCCGCCAAUGGCGGCACCAGCAGCAGCAACUAUUGUGAUAACGAAUCCGGUCGUCCUAGUCUGCACUCCCACCAAACCCAUAGGGAGGUGAAUUUUAGCGAUAGCUGUAACGACGAGUCCGUGCGGGGCAGUCCGGCCGGUGCUCCAGAGUCGACGCGCGCCGAUGCGAACAAUCAGAUCAAUAUACAGUUUUCGCAGGAAACGGAAACCCGUUACAUCCAGUGCGACAGUCCGACCGAAAGCCUUAUGAGAAAUGGUGGUAGCGGUGCUAGCAACACGAACGGCCCGACGGGGUCUUCCGCCAACCCCACUGGUGGUGGGGGUGGUAGUGGAGGAGGAGGUGGAGGAGGAAGUGGUGGGAAGAAACGUGGCGGUGCAUCCGGAAAGGGUGGCAAUAAGGCGGCUCGAUUGAAAAACCUGAGCGGUGGAUCCUCCUCGAGUGUCGAUGGCGGUGGAUCCGGGGCCGGUGGAGGCAGUGGAAGUGGUGGAGGAGGUGGAGGUGGAAGUGGAGGGGGUGGGAAUGGUGGUGGCGGCGUUGGGGCCUUCAUGUCGCGGGACAACUCGUGUGAUCAGUUCACCGACCAGAGCGGCGUCAAUCUGCUGCAGUUCUUCAAGGAAACGUUGAAUAAGAACUUCAAGGACCGCAAUAUGCUGAUGAAGAUCGAGAAGGAGCUGCUUGCACUGGCGAUGGACCGGAGCCGCAGCCAGAUGAAGUUUCCACCUAUGUCUUCCUACAACCGCAUGCUGAUCCACCGGGUGGCCGCCUACUUUGGCAUGGAGCAUAACGUGGACGCAACGCAGCAGUGCGUCAUCGCAGAGGUAACGUCCGCCACGCGCAUCCCGGAGAUCCGCUUCAAGAACCUUAUCUCGGACAGCUUCUCCGAGGAGCCACGCAAGUCGAUACUGAAGCGCGACACGCACAGUUUCGACGAGUAUCACCGGUAUGUCGGGGGUGGGGCCGGUGGGGGCUCUGGAGGCGGAGGCGGAGCUGGUGGUGGGAGUGGUCUGUUACAUUGUCCCGAUCGGGGCGUGCUGGAUCGAAAGGCGAAGAGCUUCGAAGAGCGUGAGGAAGAGUAUGGCCAGAGCAAGCGGAGGCUUUUCAAAAAUCGAGAGCACGAUUCCGAGACCGAUCAGUGGCAAUGGAUUUCAACCGAUGGUGGCGGUGGUGGUGGUGGAAACAGUGGUGGCGGUGGUGGUGGAGCAGUCACAACUCUGCUCGACAUCAACGCUGCCCGACACCAGCAGAAGCUGCAGAACAAUCGUUUGCUGAAAGUACAAUCAGUGUCAAUUGAAGGGCGAUCGGACGAACGACCGUGCGUGUCGAAAUCGCAUAGCUUCGGUGGGUACGGUGGUUCUUCGCAAAACGCAUCACUGCUCCGUGGGGAUUCAAUCACAUCGACCAAGAGCGCAGGUGCGCGGCUGUUCACAAAGCAGGACUCGAACGCCAGCACCAACACGCCUUGGCGGCUGUCUCCGUCCAGCAGUGGGUCGUACCUUACUUCCAGCUACAAAACGCAGUCGAUCCGCUCGGACUCCGUCACUCCGUCACCGACCGGCUACGGUAGUGGCGAUCACACUCCGGAACCGUGCGUCACGUCCCCAUCAACUUCCACGUGCGGUGUCAUGUGGGCCGUCACGGAUAUGGCCAGCGUACCGAAGGGCAGCGUGCUGAUCGAUCCGCAAACGUUCCAACCGAUCGUCAACCAGGACGGCUCACUGUAUCACUUUGAUCCCUCCAACCUUCCGCCUACGGCCGGCGGUGGCCCUUGGCAAAGCAGCGGCAAGCUGUCGAAGCGGAAGUUCGAAAAGCAGAAAUCGUUCAGCAGCAAGAAUAAUCUGCACAGCAGUAGUUCAAUCGAAAGCUCGAUCGAUCUUCCGGCGGCUGGGAAGACGGUUGACUGCGGUCAGCAGACGGCAGUAGCGGGUGGUGAAGUCAUCCCAAAUGCCAUUACGACUGUCAUGGCGAUGACAACUGCCUCGACGACAACGCCAACGACCAUCGCAGAAGAGGUCGCCGGUGAACUGGGAUGCUACGACGGCAACCCUGGUGGCCUAACCCUACUUACUACCAAAGACAAUCCGGACAUGGAUGAAAACUCAAGCCUCUGCGAAGAAAUUUCUCAGACGACAAACGAGCUUGGCGCACUGAAGUUACAAAAACAUCAGGCCACUAGUCCAAUGCUGCAGGCCAGCGAAUUGCAGCCAAUUGAUAUGAACGAAAUUCAAUUCGGUUCUACUCAACAUGAAAACGAAAGUCUCUUAAGUACUGCCAACACCAACCUGUUAAACAGCGAUCGUACACUGAUCGAUGAUACCGUUGAUCCAGCUGACGGUUUGUGUGAAGUUGAGGAUCUCGAUGGUGUUGACAAACAGUUAAUGACGGCGGUGGAGCACCAGAAAUCGUCAUCACCCGGUCCGGCCGUACAACUACUACAUGUCCAUGAACCGGUUAUUAGCAGCAGUACCCUUGAGGCUGCUGAAGAGGAGGACGACGAGGACCGAAGUGAAACUCCGACGGACGGUGGGCAGAACGAGGCGAAUAAAAAACAUGACAUAGUGAAGGUGGCCAACGUAGUGCAAACGGUUGUCCCGUUGACGAGCUACACGAGCGCAACGACUACGCCGAACGGUGGUAAUGUGGGGAUCGGUGCAGGUGGCAACACCAGUGUAAGUGCUUAUACGGUUUCGUACGAUGGUGGCGGGAGUGGACAUCCGGGCACCACCGUGUAUGCCACUGGUGCUCCGGGUCUGUCGACGACGACAUAUCAGACUGCGCCGGACGGUGCCAUCUACGCCGUACCUUCCCCGCUGGUCUACACAUAUCCUACGACGAUGGACCCGACCGACAUGUCGGGUGGAUACUUUGUGCCUGUGUACGAUCCGCAACAGCCGCAACGGGAUGCCAGCCUCUGCUCGACACCGGGUGCUUCGAUCUAUUCGGCGGCUCCGGCCGGUGCCACCUCGACAGUAUUACACCCGAUCGCGUACACGCAGAGUGCGGCGGCAGCAGCUGCAGCCGCGGCGGCGGCAUACAGUGGCGCACCGCUGUACCAGAAUCCGGUAAUGUACUCGUCGGAUCAGUUCCCGGGCGCUCAGGCAGCAGCGGCGGCUGCUGCUGCCGGUCAGCUCUCGCAGUACCCGAUAAGCUAUCCGAUCGGCAUAGGAUAUCCCUUCAAUGGUGCAACAUACCAGAACUACUGGAAUCAGCCAAUCACUUACUACGUUCCUCAGACGCCCGUUCCUUCGACGGUUGGUGGUGCAUCGAUCUUGAUGCCUCCUCCGAUAUCGCAGACGCCUACGCACGGUGGUAUCAUCACCACGACAGCCACGGCCACCACGGCCCCGGGCACGAACUCAGCUAGUGGGCCUAUGUCCGGGAAGCGCAACACGACUCCUCCGAACGCACACGGUAUCAGCCAGUCGCAGCAGGGCCAGAGCGGUGGCACACACAGUGCCUCGGUAACGCCAGUGCCGAUAUCACCAUUCGCCACCAAUAUUCCCGUACCACUGCCUGAUCCGUCGUCGGCCACCGCUGGAGCACCGAUGUACGCCGCCUUUCCGCAGCCUCUCUAUCCAAACAUGCUUCCAUUUGCGAGCCCGAUGACGGCGCAUCCGCACGCAGGCGCGUCCGCCGCAUCCGCUGGCGGCGGCACCAUCGUAAACUCGAUUCUUCCCACUGCCGCAUCAUUCCAUCCGCAUACAGCCGCAUCCUCCGUGCAGCAGCAGCACCACCACCAUCAUCACCAGCAUCACAAUGCGAACCCGCACCAUCAUCAUCCAUCAGGUGGACAGGACGCGGGCUCGGCGGGGCUGUCUGGUGGACAUAAUAAUCACCAUCAACCUCAUCACCACCAAGGGCACCACCAUCACGGCAACACCUCGACCGGUGGUACCGUGCACUACACGAACACAAACGGACCGGUGGCGAAUAACGGUGGUGGGGGUAGUAGCAGCAGCAGCAGUAGCAGCAACGGCAGUAACAGUGGCAAUCACAGUAACAACAGUGCGACAAAUGCACCGACACCCCAGUCGACUCCCAGCACGCCACUGUCCCUGCCCAUGUCACUGCCGUCACAUCACGGUGGCGGAUCUAACUCGGGUCCUAAAAGUAUGCCACUGUUUCCUACUCCGCCGAUGAUGCCCAGCGGUGGAUAUAUACCCGCAGGUGGCGGUGGACAUCACCACUAUGGCCCUGGCAUGUCUGAGGAGCGUAAGAAUGGCAACGGAGGUGGAGGGUAUCAGGGAAAAAACCCAAGACUACCGGGAGCGAAUUCGAAUGGAGGCUCUGGCGCAGGUUACUUCAACUACAACGCCAAUUCCGCCAACUCUGCCGGUGGUGCCCGUCAAAUGACCCCGAAUGGGAGUAGCAGCAGCAGUAGUGGCUACCAGACAGGUAUGAAAGGAGGACAUUACGCGUCCAAUAACAGCAAUACAGGGAAUAGCCAGAACAAUGGUCCAUUAAUCCUGGGACCACCACCUCCGGGCAAAAACAAUCGUCACGAGGGUGGACCACCGGUAUCCGGUGUCCCUCCGAAUAGUGGCGCUUCAUCGAACAAGCCCCCGUUAAUACCGACCCUGCCGAACAUGGCACCGACGGGGACACCGAAUGCCACCGCUGGAGACAAAAGCCGACUUAACCGCGCUUCGAAGCCACCUAAUCUCGAUCUGAAGCGAAGCUACAGCAAUAGUAGCUACAGUGUGGUUAACAACAACAACAACAAUCGCAACACACCGAGCACAAACUCGAACGAAAGCAACGGAUCCCCGAACAGUAUUACGUCAUCGUCCGUACAUGAGGCUGCACAACAUACGGGUGCCAGUGGCCAUCCGUUGCCACCACCAUCACAUCACGCAACCACCCAUCAUCACAGCGGCCACGGAGGAAACCACCCUUCGACCCCGACGUCGCACCAUCAUGGCGGUCCGCAUUCUUUGGUGACAUCUGGUCAACAGCACGUGCCCCAUCAUCAUCAUCCAUCUACACACCACCAUCACCCACACCCGGGAGGUGGCAGUGGUGGAGCGGGGGGACAACAGAUACCUCCCGGGCAACAUCACCACGGUGGUCACGGUGGCGGUACUACGCACUACUUCCAUCCCGGAAGCCAACCACACGGACAUGGCGGCGGGCCGCACGCAGUACAACAAACGUACUACACCUCCGGAGGCGCCGGAAGUGGGGCCACUCAGCAGCGGGGUGGUAGUGUCGGCAGCAAUAAUGGCAGCGGAUCAUCCGGUGGAGGCGGUGCCGGUGGUGCAGGAAACGCGGGAGCCCACGGAAAUCAUCCGCACGCGAUGCCAGCGGCAACGGCCGCUGCCGUGAUGCACAAUUCCGCCGUCGCUGCAGCGGCCGCAGCUGCCGCCGUUGAACCGUUCCAUCAGCAGCUGAUUCCGAUCAAUGCCGCCACUGGGAUGUCGUACGUCAAAAUCGGACAGGCGUACUUUCCUUCGCUAGCCCUGCCCCAGAGUCGACGGUCGCCUCCCAACGAGAUACGUCCUAUCGCUGGUGUAUACCCGACAAUGAACAUGGUGAUGCCAGCAUCACGACAGUUCACUCCCCGGCCGCAGCACAAUAGUGGAUACAGUAACAGCAAGUCGACCAAAACACUGCGAUAAAUCCGGACCACGUUGCAGAGAGGAACUAAAUGGAAGGAGUCGCUUGCCGGAGUAAAAUAUAUAAGCUGCAAUCCGUAGGAAAAAAAAUACAUAAAGUAGAAUCCAAGCUAUAGUAUAACAAGAGGGUUGUCUCCUUUUUCACUAGCCGAGGAAAAAGCAUAACUCUAACUAAAAUGUGAUCUGAUAUGAUCAACAAGAAAGGACAAGUGUUGAUGGUAAAAAAUAAAGUUGAAAAUAACAUCUCGCAAUGCUUCUGUACAAGCAAGGCAACAACAAACUACUACCAAAAAAUGUACCAUGGUCUUUUGACGGUGCAAAAACUCCCAUGGCAAUGAGAGAUGGUUGUUAAUGGUUUUUAAAGCAUUAUAGCAAACAAAAUGGAAUCGAAAUCAUAUGUUACAAAUAAACACAGGCAGCAUCGAAUGAAUAGCCACUAGAAAGACAAGAUAGUAAUGACACGCUACUACCAGAAAGUUAAGAAUGAAGGCAUGUAUCAACAGAUGUUUAUUUAGUAAGAUCAAAAUGCAUAAAAAGAGACUAAUGCUAAUUCAACUACCAGCUAAAUGUAUGGUAUAUGAAAGGUACAACGGUAUGCACACACCUUAGCCGGUAUAAGAAACAAAAAGAAAGUAAAGUCCAAGAUCGAACUUAGAUAUGCCAGGUACAUUACAUUCUUUAGUUGCUGGUAAUAAAGCAUAUAUCCUAAGUUGCUUUUUAUAAGUAACGUAGGAAAAAAUCAUCAAAGGAUAAUUUCUCUUUAAUAUGAAAUCGUAGGAAGGACCAAAAGAAGGAAACUAUCAUCAACAACAUGCGAAUAAAAUGACAAACAAUGAGUGAUGCUUUGCGAAUGCGCGACUGUUCCCUUUAAAAAGGAAUAUACAAAAUAUCACAACUGUAUGUGAUAGGAAAAACAAGCAGCUGAGGCUGGAAUAAAGACGCACCGACAACAGCUAAAAAGGAAACCAAAUACUUAACUACAUCAGCUAGCAAAAGCUAUAUUAACUACUAGUCUGUUAUGGAAAGAUUAGCAACAACCAGCUUAAGGCUAUGAAACGAUAAGAAAAUAUAUGAGUGAUCGCCGGAUGCUGAUGAUGAUCUGAAGCUAACCGAAUGUGACCGAAACAACUUGCUGUGCUCGAAUUGGUAUGCAUGUGUGUGUGUGUUUGUGUGUGCGUAGCGGAUGGGCUGGAAGCCUCGUAUGUGUGUGCAUGAGUGGUAGCCAACGCGUUAAAUGUUGUUGAUCCUGAUAGAAACGACAGAAUAGAAGUCCAUGCUAAAUGCAACAAAUGUAAAACCCUAACAAGAUGCGCCACAAAACAACAAUAUAUUCAAAUACAGUCUUAACACGCUAUCAUCGGAGAUUUCUGUUUCCUUAAACUACACAUAAUAUACCAAGGAUUUUUUUGCGAAACGCAAAAGGUACGAACUACGUUGGCAGUCAUGAGUAACAACAGUAACAGUAAAGAAACAUAUACUACCAUCCCAGCUAGUUGAUGUCACUAGAGAACAUCUCAACUCAUAUAAGGGAACAUCUCAACUAUAAAACCUAGAACCGGAAUUGCGUCAAAGCUGCUUUUUUGUGAUGAAAAACACGUUACUGCUGCAUUGAAGUGUGUGAUCAAAUACCAAAAGAAAUAAGGAAGGCAUGCCGUAUGCUGCUGUGGUGCUGUAACAAAUUUUAGAAAAUAUGUUGACAGAAUAUCAGUUGCCAUUAACACUAGCAAAGCAGUAAAAGCAGUAAAUCAAGGAUGAAAGUAUGAAGCGUUAAGAUAACAUUAUUUAGUUGCCAACGAAUCAACACGAAUGAGAAAGGACGAAAGGUAAUAACAGAAUGAAAAAGUGAAUACAAGGGGAAGGCGAAGAUGCAUUCGUAUAACAACAAUCAGCAAAAUAGAAUACCCGUAUUUAAACAAAAGUAAAAUGAAGACAUUAUAAACGGAUUCGAAACGGUUCGAUACUGUAGGGAACAUUAGACACAAUCCAACCUAUAUUAUAACACUAAUAUUGAACAUCCUAGAACUCCGAUCUUUACAUGAACAGUAAGCAAGCAUGGGCCAUUCUUUGUUGUAGUAUUCUAAAGGACACUCGAAUCGUUUCCCUACACAUGACUCGCUAAAUAUUUUAUAUUUCGAAUAGCCUGUAUAUGUGAUCAAUCAUCAUAAGGUUUCCAGCAUCGGUUAGUGUAAUACUUUUUUUUCUCCUUCCUAUUGUGGAUCAAAUGAACCAGUUUUUGUUACAUGUUACCAAGUGUAAGAAUGAUUUCAUAACGAUGUUCAAUGUUACCAAAAACUGAUUCACGUUUUUUUUUAGGGAUGAAGUAAAGGAUCGUCAAUAAUACCAUGCCAAAUACCCCGUUUAUGUAACAGAUUUCACGAUUAUUUUAAUAUGAAAAAUAAAAAUAAAAAACAUUAUUCAUCAAAUUGUUAGCAACUUAAAGGAUACGAGCACAAAGGCACCGGUAACAAAGCUCCCAAUGUGGUAGAAUCGGCAUUCUGGUCAAAAAACAUUGAUAUUGGUGCUACGGUCUUAGACUUUUCCGACAAACAAGUGUUCAACGGAAUUAGGAUCCUGCAGUACAUUGGACAGCCACUUUGUUUUACCAGCAUUGAGUUAAACAUGAUUCUCUAUGCUUUAUAAAUUCUGCCGAAAGACUAACGAUAACAAACCAUACCAUACUAUCUACUAAAAUCAGAACAACCGAUCUGCAGUAGGACUAAACCAAGAUAAUUAUCAGUUACUACUGAUUUGAUGCAAAAAAUAGCGCCAAAGACGCCCGAGGCUGAUGAAAAAAGACCAUACGUCUAUAAUUGCAUAAUCCAACACAAAACCAACAUCCCUGAAGCAGAUAAUACAAAUCGAAAGGAAUGAGAAUCGAGUGAAUGAGUUAAACGUACAGGCACACAAAAGAAAAAAAGGAACGGUUGAUAAUGUGUUAUUAUAUAUAUGAAAGAAUGUAUUUAUUUUAAUUUAUAUACACCGAAAAAGAAAGAUGGCGAGAGUAAGUAAACGAAAAAAAAGUAAAAAUGAAGCGAGGUAAAAAGUAAAUGACGAAUAAUGAAAGAGGAUCACAUUGAAACAGUUAUAAUGAGUGAACACUGAUUAAAGAAAAAACAACUAAUGAUAAGAAUAAAAAGUGAACUUGCUGCAGUUACAAAGGGGAAAGCUAUUUCCAAGGGAAAAUAAUGAAAAAAAAUUAAAGUAGAAAAAUGCAUUUAUACGUGUGUAUACUUUUUUUUUAAUGUAUUGAGAAAAUUCUAGGACUUCUUUCAUCUGUCUGCUCCUCGUAAUCCAGCAACCAUAAACGACAAGCGAAAUCGAAUCCCGAUCGCGACCGGACCCUCCCAUGUACGAGAGGA